AUGCUCUUCAAUUUAUCAUUGCCGGAAAUAAGUGAAAAAGGAAUAGAAAUACCGGACUCCUUAACAGAAGAAACGAAUAAGGAGCGCAUAGCGUCACCGAAUAUAAAUAUCCAAGGAGCGCAUGCUGAACAAAAAUUACAGAAUCCUGCAUCGCCAAAAAAAACAUGGAUGAAAAGGCAUGUGAUGGAUCAGACGAAUGAAAAGCUGCUUGGUUAUUCGGAAUGCAACAAAACUUUCACUCAAUCAUCCGAUCUGAAAAGGCAUCUGAUAAAUCGCACCGGUGAUAAGCCUUAUGAUUGUUCCGAAUGUGGAAAACGUUUCUCUGGUUCAUCAAAUUUGAGAAAACAUAUGAGGAUUCAUACCGGUGAAAAACCGUACAAUUGUUCAGUAUGUGGAAAACGUUUCUCUCAUUCAUCGGCUUCUAAGAAACAUAUGAGGAUUCAUACCGGUGAAAAGCCGUACAAUUGCACAGAAUGUGGAAAACGUUUCUCUGAUCAAUCGGCUUCCAGAAAACACAUGAAGAUUCAUACCGGUGAAAAGCCGUACAAUUGUUCAGAAUUUGGAAUACGUUUCCCUGAUUCGUCGGCUGUUCAAAAGCAUAUGAGGAAUCAUAUCGGUGAAAAGCGGUACAAUUGUACAGAAUGUGGAAGACCCUUCUCUGAUCCAUCAAGUUUCAAAAAACAUAUGAGGAUUCAUACUGGUGAAAAGCCGUACAAUUGUUCAGAAUGUGGAAAACGUUUCUCUGAUUCAUCAAAUUUGCAAACUCAUAUGUUGACCCAUACCGGUGAAAAACCGCAUGGUUGUCCAGAGUGCAGAAAAAAUUUCUCUCAAUUGAUGCAUUUGAAAAGGCAUAUGAGGAUUCACACCGGUGAAAAGCCUUACAAUUGCACAGCAUGUGGAAAACGUUUCUCUGAUCCAUCAGCUUUUAGAGAACAUAUGAGGAUUCAUACCGGUAAAAAAACGUAUAGUUGUUCCGUAUGCGAUAAAAGAUUAUCUCGACGGCGUAUUUUGAAUAUUCACAUGAAAACCCAUUGGAAAGAGAGUUCCUCGUCCAAUUGGACUGCAUGCAACCAAAGCAAUUCAUGA